AGGAAAUACGAAAUCGAGCACGCGAUGAAUGAGUUGUACAUAAGACCUAGCACCGCCAUUAUACUGACAGUAACGGAGCACAGCUUGUAGUACAAGGUAGAAUGUUCACCUGCAGAUAGCGUUUAAGCCGCGUUAAACUCUCUUGACUACACGUUGAUCUGAGGAUCCGCUGUGGUCUGAAAAGCUCUAUAAGAACUGAACGAGAAACAAGAACGUGGUCAGACUGGUAUUUUCCAGAAAUAAAAGAAGAAGCAUUUCAAGAGUGGUACACCAUGAAUUUACAAGUUAAGUUUGCGCUGAUGUGCGCGGUGUGUGUGAUGUGCGUAUUUAAAUCGUGUGAAGCUCGAUCCAAACGAAUUCGACCUGUGAUCCACAAAUCAUUGCUUGUUGUUGACGAACAAGGAAUCGAUGUAAUCACAGAUGCGUCCGAGUUGACCAAGAAUGCUAUGACCAAGUCUCGCAAACGGAUUUUUAUGGACGACCACCAUUUUAUCAAGCGGGUGGCAUUGGUUGAGUCUUUCCUAAACAAAACAUCGAAGGAAGGCGGGCCGUGGAGCAUAGAAGAGUGCGCUUUUAAAUCGACGCAAAACAAGCGGAAGGAAAACAAGCAGCUGGCUGCGCUUCACAAGAACAUACGCCGUACAUUUGGUGUGACUUGGUCCAAAAUCAAAUACAGAGAUUUACGGAGACCCCUUUACUCCGUUUUGGCCGCCAGGAUUAUCCUGGAAAUGGCUGUACCGUCAAUUCCCCGUGGUUUGAGAAAUCAAGCCAGGCUUUGGUUGGAGACCUACCAUGAAUGCGCAAAGAAACUCAGCCACCCACAAGUAUGGGAAGACACGAGGGGCAGAUUUAUACGAGUUGUGAAGAAUUCUUGUGCCAGUAACUUUCUAGAGUGUGAACAUGUCUGCCGCGAGUCAAGCAAGGGUAGAGCGAAAUGUGAGUGCCAGUAUGGCUAUACCUUGCAAAAUGACGGCGUGUCUUGUUCAGACGGAGCUUCUCGUUCUUCAAGCGGGACUAAAGCACCCUCUCCCGAGCUGGAAGUUGAAACCGGAUGUGGGAAUGGGCUUAAGUGUGAUCAUAGGUGUGUUGAAUUUGGCGGUGUCCCUCAGUGCGCAUGUCAUAAUGGUUACCAGCUGCAUAUGAAUGGUUUUACCUGUGAUGAUAUUGACGAAUGCCGGCAUUCGCCAUGUUCACAGCUGUGCAAAAAUACCCCAGGCUCAUUUUCCUGUUCGUGCCAGGCGGGUUUCAAGAUUCAGUCAGAUAAGGUUACCUGUGAAGAAGAGAAGACUAAGUGUUCAAUGAAUGAUAUCGCUUGUAUUCAGAGAUGUACCGAGUUUGGAAACUGCUCCUGUCCACCAGGUACCGCCAUGGGUCCAGAUGGCCAAACAUGUGUCGAGGUAAAUGAAUGCAGCUUAUUCAAAGGUGUUUGUCAUCAGAACUGUAUCAACACGCCCAGAGGGUACCGCUGCACAUGUUCCAAGGGAUAUGAAUUGAAUGUGAAUGGAAUUUCCUGUUCAGAUAUCGACGAAUGCGCACGAGGUAUCCAUGGCUGCCACCACAACUGUCGUAAUGUUCCUGGAUCUUACUUCUGUUCAUGUAGCAAAGGAUUCCAGCUCAGUGAUGACCUGAAGUCAUGUGUUGAUAUAAAUGAGUGUGCAUUGUACCCUGGGAUAUGCCCCCUUCCUUCGCGAUGCCGCAAUACCAUUGGAAGCCACACUUGUGAUUGUCCCAAGGGAUUUGUUAAUCACAGACACAAGAUUUGUAUCGACGAGAACGAAUGCGCAAACUCCAAUGGCGGCUGUGACCAGGUGUGUCAGAACUACCCAGGAAGUUACCGAUGCUCCUGCAAGUAUGGGUUUAUGUUACAGUCUGACAGGAAAUCAUGCAAAGAUAUCGACGAAUGUUCCAGAUAUUCGUUCCUUUGUCAGCAUAAAUGUGUUAACACGCCGGGAAGCUACAAAUGUACCUGUCCACCUGGUCUGCGGCAACCUAUAAACGGCUUUAUGUGUAUGUAGAAAUAACAGUGUUUCCUUUGUACUGUGAGUGAGAUUCUCUGACAGCCUCACCACUCACGCACUUGGGCAAAGGUUAUAUUUCCUCAUUAAUACACUGUUAAAGAACCCAAAGAUUCUGUUGGAGUAAAAACAUCCAAUUUUCAAGAUAAUGCUUUCGUCUUCAGAAGAAUAGAACAGUAAUUGAGUCAGAAUUGUUUCAAUGUAAAUUCAAGCUUAGUGCAGUAGGUAAGACCAUAAAAGAGGAUCAAAAUAUUUAUUUCAACCUAUCGAGGACUGCUGCUUGACAAAACGGCGAGAGGCUGUAUCAUGUCAACCUUUGGACUGACCUUAAACAUGAGAGUGGAUUUGACUUCGGUGGACAAACGAUGGUUACCAAGGUCCCGUGUUCAAUUCAUCAAACCUUGUCGGAAGUCAAGGAUAUUUUGACAACCUUUUUUGAUAGAGGGUACAUGAAGAAUGUAAAUAUGGAAAGUGUUUUGUCGUAUUUAAUUUACCUUGAUAGGGUGGCGAGUUUUAAGAAUUGUCUCUGUUUUAAAUCUAACAUGCAUAUUUGAGUAAAUUUCAACUAAGUGUUCAAUCCCGGAUUGUUGUAUGAUUGGCCUAAAAAACUCGCGCCACUCUUUCAACCAAUCAAAUUAAAAACUAAACCAACCGCGACUUUCCCGAGCUUCAGACUUUUUAUUAUUAUUUUCUUAACCUUUGAGAUUCUAGUAAUACUUACCUUUUUCCUGAAUGGCUGUUGCGCCUACUUUGCUUUUGGUUUUAUGACACUCAAUCGAAAAUUUUACUUAUGUCACAGAUAGUGCGAAAAAUCCAAGCUCACUUCCUAGCAUCUUUGGCAAUUUUCAUGUAGCACCAUUACAGCCAAGAUUAGUGACGAGUUUAGAGGAACAAUUAUUCGUCAGUAAUUAACACAAGUUUUGGACAAAUAACCUGUCCAAAUUACCAUCCAACUUGUUUUAAAACGUCACGAAAGGCCAGAGGACGCAACAAAGACAUAAGAUAGUUGUGUAACUUCAGUACAUGAGUAAAACUUUUUUGUUUCCUUUGGGUAAGAAGCAAAUUUUGUUUAAUAUCUAUACCUUUGUGACUUAAAAUAACAAAUUUGGAUUUUCUUGAAAGGAACCAAAUUAGCCUUUGACCAAAGGAACUGAGAUACUUCAUUGUAUACUCCAUACUUAGAUUUAACGAAAGAUCAGAUGUUAUUUGUAAGAAUGGCAAAACAAUUGGCCCCAUAAGAUAAUUUUACCCUCGAUUACAACUUUGAGAGAGGGAAAUAAUCACAAACACCCUUGCCAAAUACGGAACAUCCAAAUGUUCUUGUAACGUCCCUGCAAGUCUCGCGGGAAGGAGGAAUAGCACUUAUCUGACAGUUUAAAUUGUACAUAAAUUUAAAUAUGAAUAAAUGAUGCUUGCAAUUUAUAGGAUUUCACGUUGAGCGUAGCGAGAUAUUAAACGUUCAAUUGCAAUUUGUUUAACAAUCA